AUGAAUUAUGUCAGGCCCCACCUGACAAACUUGAAAGCUCACUCUCAAGUGAAACAUAUUCUGUAAUAAAUAACGAGAAAAGCAGGGAAAAAACGUUUGGAAGACGAAACGCUUUCAAGCCACGUGUUGUCUAUUUUCCUUGUCACCAUCGAGAUGUACUGCCACAAAUGUUAUGCCACAAAUCUUGAAAGAACAAGCGCUUUCAAGACAUAUUUCCAAAUUGCUCGAUGGCCGUCAAACCAUAAAGGCAAAAAUUGCGUUCAAGUGUCAAAAUUUUUAAGCUAAAGAAACUUUCGCUAUUUCCUGCUAUUGAAAAGUUUUGAAUUUCCGUGCGAAUUCCGAUUCUAAUGAAAAUCAGGAAAUUCCGUCUUUUUUCUUGUUACCUCCAGGCAAAUUAAAUCGGUGUCUCCCGAAAUAAUUUCGUCCUUCAAGUUAAUAUCAAAAAUGAAAUAAAGUUAAAAAAUAUAUAUAUCUGACUCACCAAAGUUAAAAAUGAACUAAUCUAUGAGAAAUAAUGCUGAGGUUAGUUUACGAUAUAUUAGCUAACUUUGGUUCCAUAUUUUGUUGUUGCAGUAAUUGUUAAAACCGCCACCGAUGUUGUGAAUGUAACCGAGGGACAGUCAUUGUCUCUGAACUGCACCAUAAGUGGUGAUGGAAGUUAUACCUGGGAACGUCGGGAUGGAACCGAGAUCGAAAAUGCGAAAAGAAAGGUGACUUUUCCUUCCUUAUUUUCUAUACGUUUUUUUUCUACUACUUUCUUUUAUUUUCCACACUAAGCGAAAGAUGUUUGAAAGUAUCAAAGUUUUAAAGAAAUGAUCAGCAUGCAGCGAGUAACCAUCGAGUUUUGGAUGUACUUGGAAGGUUUACUAAGCACUCAAGAAACUAGCACCUCGCUUCUUACGCUUCUUUUGUGCUUAGCAGCCUCCCGCGUGCAUCCAUAAUUCUAUGGUUGCACGCUGCAAGCUGAACAUUUUUUAAUACUACCCAUCAGGUCAUAUUUUUACCCCACAUUCUUACGGUCUCUAAAUAGUUUUCACCCAUCCAUCCCCUCCCUGCACCUACAGUUGUUGAUAGAGUGCAGCAGGUCUCCCAUUCCAAUUACAGAAGGCAACACAGUGGCACUGUUAAGAAUGUGUGCCUUUCCCAUUUCGAGCUGAGUUGUAUAUAUCUCGAUUACUUCCAGUAUCGAGAAGAACACCUGUAAUCCCUUUUCACUGAACACAUCUAGCUUCCUGCUUGCCUUUCUCCACGUUUCUAGAAUUCAUCAUUUCUUUUUUUGGUAAUUUUCUUCAAAGUUAAAAUUCUAUUACAGGGGUCAUUUUCACAAAAUAAACCAAUGGCACUAAACAAAACGAUCGAUUUUUCUAACGACAGUGGAAUUUCUACGUAUGGAAACCUCUUCCAAGGGAUCCCUAUACUCCUGGGAAGCAAACUUUGUUCCCGGCCGGCUAAAAAUAAAGCUCUUUAGUGCCUGUGUGAUGUGGUUUCACCACACUCUAAGGACACAAACUGUGGUCCUGACAAGGAAAAAUGCACUUCCAGUUGUCCUCAUUCAAGAGAAACUUAACUCAGAGGACGCUUUUCAUAAUUCAGAAAGUGUCUCCUGAGGAGAGGUCAGGACUGUAGAUUCAAUCGAGCCAAUAAGUGCCAAGGAGCUUAGUGCCAGUAAGAGCCAAUUGAGUACCAAGGGUUGUGAAUGUGACCUUGUAAUAGAAGCCGUGAAGAAAAAGAUCUUCAUUCUAAAUAUCUUAUCACCUAUCAUUAGUCUUAGUCAUUAGUCUUGCUUAGGUUAACAAGCUGGCCCCGAAUAGCCUUGCUAAUAAAGGGCUAUUAAGGACUUUUAAACAAAAAUUUGUAGAAAAUAAGCCUAACGCUGUUGCUGUUUUUGUUGAAGGUUAAAGGAGGAGGACGACUGCUUGAAAUUACUGACGCAGCCAUCGCAGAUUCUGGUGCCUACACCUGUAAAGCAGGCGAAAAGGCACACACCAUCACGCUACAUGUUAUUGGUAGGUAGAUGAUGAUAAGCCUUUCAGCCUAAACACACUUUGCUUUAGAUUCAAAGGGAACGACAAGUGUCGUUUAUUGUUACGUGUCGCAAAUAAAUUAAUAACUUCCUAAUACUUAGAAGCAUUCCCUCCUUUUCGGCGAAGUCCGUCGCGUGGAAGGAAGAAGUAUUAUAUUUUGUCCGUUGUAGAGAUGGGCAUGUUAUGCUUUUUUUUUUAUUACAGUUGAAGUUAAGGUGGAAAUGGCCCUGCAGGUUGAAAAUUACAACUACACUAAAGAGCUGGAGAAUAAGUCAUCGCCACAAUACAAGGCAAUCGAGAAAAACUUUACCGAGGAGGUAUGAUUUGUUUUCCUCCUUCCAUCUUUCCAUUCUCUCUCUCCCCAUUCCUUUUUUUUUCUCCUCCGCUCCUCACUUUUUGCUUUCCUCUCCAAUCCUUCCUCCCUCCUUUUCUUUCUUCCUCUGUUCUCUCUUCUUCCCUCCAGUAAUUCCCUCCUUCUUCUCUCAUUCCUCUCCCACCUUUCAUUCUCUCUCUUUCUUCCCUCUCUCUCUUCCUCGUAUCCCCUUCCGCCCUUCCUUCUCUUUUUCUCUUCCCUUCCCAUUCUUCUCCCUCCUUCGUUUCCUCUCCCAACACUUUACCAUUUCUCCCACCCUCUCCCUCUCUUCAGUCCUUCCUCCUUCCCUCCUCUUUCUCUGAAUUCUUUCCUUCCUCCCCACCGUCUGUUCGUACCACUUAUUCUACCGAAUGUCUUAACAACCGUCUUUCUCCUUAUAUGUCACCUCGUCAAUAGGUUCAAUGCUUUGAGUGCAGGGGUUUAAAGAGUACUAGUAAAUGAAAUAAAAGCAACACCUAUUGUUAUGUUUCAGAUGGACAUCGUUUACAGAAAUACUUCAGGAUAUAUAAGAACAGAGGUUUUGAAAAUGACGUGAGUACCAGAGCGUAUUCCUACUUCUUAACUCUACGGUUAAAAACUCAGAAUAUUUCAUUUUCGCGUGAAACAGUCUCAAUAGUAUGUAAUAGCAUAUCUCUUAUUUCAUGUGCUGUAUUGAUCUAAGCGUGGAUAAAUACCAUAUAUCAAUGAUCUCCAUGGCACAUAAAUUUUAUCCAAAGAAUCGCUCUCGCUUAUCAAAGAUAAAUAACAAACAAUUCCAUGAUUAAUAAGAAAUGUAAGUCGUUAUUGCAUGGGGCUAAGUAAACCCUCUGAGUCCCUUUAUAGUAAUCAAUACUCAGACCAACGAUUUUACGCUCCGAUUCUCUACAGCUGAGUAACCAGAGUAGGAAAAAUCUUAUUUCAUGCUCGGUAAAAUAAAAAAAGAAAUGUUUUCCCUCUAACUUGUCCCCUGUUUUCCAUCUUUCUAUAAAUUACCAUGUGAUUAAUCAUUGUAGCUACAGUAUGACUAUUUUCUAAAACGAAUUUUGUCCCUUGAUAUUCCAGGAAAGGAAGUGUGGUAGUGGAUUUCAACGUUAUUAUCCAAAUUGUAACAACUGAUCCCAAAAAUGAGACAACUAUAGUAGAUAAAAAGGCCUCAGUCGCCCAAACGACAAUUAAAGAAGCCGAAGAUGGGUUUGUAAAGCGGCUAAAAGUGUCCAAAGUCAUUCCAAAGAGUAAGUUUGUCGUAGUAAAACUGGUUCUUUACAAGUUCUUUUUACAAUUUUGAGCGGGAUUCAAUAUAUCCUGGGACUCCAGUCUCUUACAAUUCCUCUUUCCACCCAGAAGCAUGGAUAUGUUUGAGUGGGUGAUAACAAACUGCCACUGCUACUGAAACGUAACAAAAUUGCAGAUGAAUUACCUUCCAUGGAGUGGUGUCCAAUCCAGAAGAAGUGGCAACACUCCUAAUUUCAAAUUUCUUCUUAAAGUAUCAUUGAUUGCCAACUAAGAUAGCUUUUGAUUGCUGAACAAAUACUCCUGUUGGGAAAAUGAGAUAUUUAAAAAAAAAAAACGUUGUGGAGAAUGUACAAACUGAUGGUCAAUGGACCACUUGUUUCGUAAGAUUUAGUCACCUGGGUAAGAAAGGAUUAAUGUCAAUAAAAACUUUACAUAAGGAGGCUUUUCUUGCAUCAUGUGAUUGGAAGGAUAUAAGGAAAGCAAAAUAACGUGGAAAAUUAGCGGUUAAAGCCACUGACGCACUCAGAGGCAAAAAUCCUCAAGUUGUAAUAUCCAAAAACACUCGUUAUUGUUUGAGUAAUUUUCAAAUGUCUCUGUAACUUUGAUACUUGCACCUUGUUUUAUCCUUUAGCCUUCAGAUAAUCGAUUUGAUUGUCCGCUCGUUUCAAAACUUAUGAUCGUUUCCUCUCUAUUUUCAGCCGAACCUCCAGAGCCUAGUGGCGUGGAGAUCUUUGAUAUCAAAUCUGAUGAGCUGAGCAUUCGAUGGAAACCGUCGGAAGAUGCUGAAACUUUCGACGUUCGCACUUACUCGGUGCAAUACAGAGCAUAUGGUGAAAAGACCUACAGCGAGCAUAAUCAAACAGCAACCGCUGAAACUACAGGCUACUCUUACAGGAUUAAGUCUCUCGAACCUGAGACUGUCUACAUGAUACGGGUCGGUGCUUUUAACUCGUAUGGACCCAAUUUCAACGAAGAAACUGGCCAUGAAACCGAACCUGCACGUAAGCCAUUUUUAGUUAUAUACAGUAAUUUGUAAAAUUAACAAAGUUAUCUACAGGUUUUCGAUGAAUUUAAAGUUUUUUCACUUUUUUUUUUAACCUUCACUCGUGAAGUCACUUGUGUUAUUAGUUUUUUAAUCUUAAGGUUUACGUAUUACUAUCGUACCUUCGCAAUUUGUAAGCAUCAAAACGCAGGUCGUUAUACUCUGGCAAACAUAUAUUGGAAAUUUCGUCUUCCUGUUUUAAAAUUUCGAUGGAUCCCCUCACCUCGAAACUAGGGAGAGAAAUUUUGAAUUAGAGUCAGGCUUUAAAAAAGCCAUUUUAACACUUUAUUGCUACUCACAUCUUAAUCUUACGCCAUAAGUCCCGUUUCGUCUUACCUAUGGCCAUUCCUUUAAUACUGAUACAAAGCCUUUGAAAAAGGUCAACAAUGUCAUGUGUGGCUUUCAUUCUGAUAUCAUGCAUAUUUUUUAUUACAGCUUUGGCUUGGUGGAUUAUUUUCUUGGUCGUGUUAGGUGCACUCUUGAUUCUUGGCAUAAUCAUCGGCAUUAUUGUUUGCAAAUGCAAGAGAGCGCGGGAAAGAAAGAGAAGAGAGACUCGGCUUCGAGCUCAAAAGGUACCAUAACAGCAGAUACAAUUGUUGCGUUAAUCCUGUAUAAGCAUAAACCAGAUACCGUUCUCCAGUUGUAUUCAAUAAGAGAAUUCCAUCUUAACCAAAGUAGUUUCAGCAGCCUAUCACGACAAAGAAAAAUGUCACAAGGAUGUGAACUUAAGGUAAAAAACAGGCAAGCUGUUUUAAGCGCUUUCAAGAACGUGUACAAGUUUCAGGAUUAGUCACACAGCAGAGCAAGGCGAAACCAAAGUAAUCCCGAAUUACUCUGAAAACACAAUCGAAGCAUUUCUCCAUUAGAAAUAUAGCGCACAGUACGAAAGGUUCUGUCGACCUUUCCCUUCUGUUUGACUAAAAUAACACCAUCCUUGAUGUGAAAUCACUGUCCACGCAUAUUUUUUCUCUUUCAGAACAAAGCAGCAGUUUACCAUGAUGAGGAUGUUAAAGGAUUAACAUACUCGUUUUCAAACGUUGCUUACAAGCCGGGUGAGAUGAACUGGGAAGAGUUUCCCUACCAGAAUAUUAAACUGUUGAAUGAACUGGGCUCGGGAGCCUUUGGUGUCGUUUAUAAAGGAGAGCUGCUAAAAAGGAACGGGAUCACUCCUUGCGCUGUUAAAGCUUUAAAACGUAAGUCUUGCAUGCAAGGUUCACGCGUUGCAUGUUAAGCAGUCAGCUUGUCAGUUUUAAUCAGUCAGACAGGCAGCAAUUAGUUAGUCCGUCGGUUAGCCAGUUUGACAGCCAGUCAGUCGGUGAACUAGUCAGCCAAUCAACUAGUAGUUAGGACAGUCUGUCAAUUAGCCGGCCAGACAACCAGUUAGACAGCUAACCGAGCCAGCCAGCCUAGUCAGUCAGCCGGUCAGUCAACCGGUAUGUUGGUCAAUCAGUCUGUCAAUUGGUCAGUCAGUCAGUCAGCUAGCCAACUAGUCGGCCAGUCAGUCAGUCAUUCAGUAAACCAAUCAGCCAGCCAGUCAGGCAGUCAGCCGGUGAGCCAGCCAGCCAGUCAGCUAGGCAACCAGUCAGCCAGCCAGUCAGUCAGCCAGUCAGCCAGGCAGCCGGUCAGCCGGUCAGCCAGUCAGCUGGCCAGCCAGUCAGUGAGGCAGUGAGUCGGUAAGUCAGUGAGUCAGUCAGCACUUAGCCAGUAAGCCUGUCAGUCAGUCAGUCAGGCAAUCAUUCAGUUGGUCAACUAUUACUUAUUACCUGGUAGUCAGUCCCUUGUUUUAUUUAACAGCAACUGCCACAGAGGUGGAAAGGAAAGACUUGUUCAAUGAGUUGGACAUCAUGGUCAAUGUAGGACACCAUCCGAACCUUGUGAAUUUGAUCGGAGCGUGCACACAAGAUGGUCAGUAAAACACUUGAACUAUCAUUCAGAACCCUACAGUAACCCUUUUACUAUAAAAAAUUAAAUGCAGUUCUCCCUACUAGUAACCACACAUUUAUUACUCAAUUAGUUAUGAUUUAGUGCUGCUUUGAUCCUCAAGCUCUUCGCAUAUUUGGUGGAUAAUGUCUCAAUAUCGUGAGAAGAAGUUACACGUCAAUCACCUUUGGUAGUUGGUGGGGAUUAAAGAAGCGAUUCACAUUUAGUGCAACUUGAAACUUUUAGCCCAAUUUUUUUAUGUUUGUUUGCAACCCUUUUAAAUCUUUUCCAUCUUUGACCAUCCUCGCUUCUUCCAUCCUUUGACCAUCCUUAGUUUCUUCAUUCAUUCUUAUCAUAUUAUUGUGAUUAUUUUUCACCAAACUAAUAUUUUGUAUUUUCAUUUUACGUCAAAAGCAAUAUUGCUCAUCCAAAAGAACAGUCUAAUUUCCCAAGCUCGUCAUUUGCAGUCAGAGUCAAUAUUUUUCAUUCUUUGCUAUCCUCGUUCUUUUCUUCCCAUUUUGAUGUUUUUGAUCUCACCAACCUAACAAUUGCUGUUUUUCCUUAUAAGGAACGUAAUUUUACAUGUCAUAACCGAAAUACUAAAAAUUUUGAAACUUGGCGCCCUUAACCUUUGAAAUUUUUGUAGAUAAGUCUUCAUUCCAUUGACUUCUUUAUCUCUAGACCACCUACUCGUUAUAAUAGAGCUAGCAGAAAACGGUUGCCUGCUAGAUUUCUUAAAACGGUACAGACAACAAGAUGGAAAUAACACUAGAAGCGGCUUAACAGAACAUAUGAAAACAUCAAUAGCCGUCGAUGUGGCGCGAGGAAUGGCACAUUUAGCACGCUGUAGGGUGAGUUCAAAGUAGUAGCUGUAACAUUUUAGGGGUACUCACUUUCCUUCCUACCAUGCCCCAUCGAUCCUCAGCACUGUCUAGUUUACCACUCAGUUUUAUUUUUUGGUAAUUUAACCUCUGACAGUUGGGGAUUGAAUCUGCAAAUAUUAUUGAUAUUUUUCCUUUUUCACCUCAUUUUCUAUUUGAAAAUGUUUUGGUUUUUGUUUGGGGAACGUUACGCAAUAAUGUAAGAUGAUGUGAAUGUAAAAGCGAUCUUUGCAAUGAUAAACACUACUUGGGCAGAAGUGAAAAUAAGGCUAUAAGUUUAUUGCUGCGAAGAUCGCUUCCACACUCACGUCUUAAUUCGCAGUUUAAAUAUAUGACUUUCAUAUAUUCUCAGUCGUUUAUUCAUUACUUUACGGGUUUAUUUGGAACCAACAUAAUGAUCAGCUCCCAGUUGGCUUGUUAGCUCAGUUGGUUGAGCACUGCCACGGUAUCGCAGAAGUCAUGGGUUCAAAUCCCGUACCGGCCUGAAUUAUUUCGGGCCUUAUUUUCACUGCUACUCAAGUGGUGUUCAUUCCUGCGAAGAUCGUUUUCAUAUUCACAUCUUUUUCCGCAAUUCAAAUAUAUGACUUUCAUAUAUUCAUAGUCGUUUAAUGCAGGAUAACUCGUCAAUCUUAGUUUUGAUUCUGUGGACAGAAUUCCUUUAUGAUACCAUUCAAACAAAGGGUAAAUUUUGAUAACGCACAAACUGCUGAGAAAUUUGAUGUUUGUCAAGUGACUUUAACAAACACCUAUAACAAUCAAAAAUGACUUGGAAUUUUGUUUGUAUCAGUGUAUCCACAGAGAUCUCGCAGCAAGGAAUGUUUUACUAGGGAAGGACUACGUUGCUAAGGUUUCCGAUUAUGGUAUGGCACGUGAUGUGUACGAACAGCUGAUGUACAAGAAAGAAACUCAGGUAAUUUACGUGUUAAAAGUGCAAGGAGUAUAUAGAUUUAAAAGUAUUAUCAUUUUUGUGGUUCUCAGAUCUGAUUCGUACUCCCUCCAUACAGCUGAUCUUCAUACUCUUGUGCACUACAUCAUGAAAGUUUGGUGUUCAAAAUAUAUAUUUAAAUGGAAAGAAUGGGAAUUUACCAGUAGAUAUUCCAUGAGGUGGUUCUUUUUGUCCACUCUUUACAGCUCCAAUUGGAAUUUGAAAAGUUGGUUUUUGUGAGGGGGGAACUGGAUGACCCAGAGAAAAACACUCGGAAAGAGGACAUAAUAAUAAUAACAUGAAAUAAAACUCAACCAUUAUAUGACGCAGGGUCCAAGAAUACCUUCACCACUACGUUACAUCUUCUUCCCAAAAAUAUCUUAUAUGGUACAAUCGGAUGAAAUCAUCCGGCAACCCAAGGCCAACCUCAACGCAGUCAUUCUGUCGAAGAAUUUUAAACUCAUGUAAUACAUAAUUCUUUUGUUUGCUCCUUUCAGGGCAAACUUCCGGUUAAAUGGAUGGCUAUCGAGUCCUUGGAGACAUACACUUUCACGAUGGAAUCUGACGUGUAAGUCACUUUAAAUGGCCUAGGUAUGAGGCUAAAAUCCUGACUGAAUGCUCAGCUACCAAUGUGAGCCCCAAAAUUUCGUAAUUUUCCUUGACAGUUCAUCAGCACCAUUUAUACAUUUAGCCAGAGGGAGGGACGUGGUGAGUUUAGGACGGACUAAGAUAUUUAAAACAGAACAAAAUAUCUCGCUAAUUCCAAAUACUAAUUUUUCCUUAAAUCUAUUGUUAAUGAGCAAAAUAUUAAUUCUUAUUUUCUGGACCCUUUUUAAUCUUUAAUUUUUUUUUGUUCAAACGCAGGUGGUCUUAUGGAGUACUGCUUUGGGAAAUAGAAUCAGGAGGUAAGUCCUGUUUCCAUCUAGUACUGCAUCUGAUGCAAAAAAAUUAUUGCUGUUGAGUUUAAACUGAGUCUGAGCGAGUCAGUUGCAGUUUCAUUUGUCAUUCAACAUUGUGAUGCAUUUUCUGAAGAGAAUUCACAACGUUCAAUCUCAUUUUUAAAAUUACUUUCUGUCAGAAGUUUGCGUCGAAUGCAUAUCUGUUUUGCAAAAGGAAAAGAAGUCUGCUGCGUGACAGUUUUUUCGUGUAUGAACCUAAGUUGAUGAUGGAUAGAUUGAUGUUCAUAGUCAGUUUUGAAACGGUGAAGUAUCGAGCACAAGGUGGUAAGAUUCUGCGUAUUAGUUAGAGUAGAAAUCUUGGCGUUAUGUGUUUUAAAAACGAUAUCUAGGACGGCUAAUGUAACUAAGAUAUAUUCCCUGCUUUUAGGGUUGAAACCUUACCCUGGCCUUAGUACCGCGGAACUGAUACAGGAGCUAAAGAGGGGAAACAGAUUGGGGAAACCUUACGGAUGCUCGGAAGAAAUGUUAGAUAUUCUUAAUUGUUUUUAAAGGCUUGCCAUAAUUUUCACUUCGCGUUGAAUAUUUAAACAUAUGCUACACCGAGUUCUCAAAAAAAGUUAAUAUAGAAAAAAACAUCGUUCCACUCGGUUUGACAAAUCGACAGUGGUGCAGAAUGGUUUGGAAUGUUAUCGACAACAAUAUUCGUUAUCAGAGUGGUCCAUAACAUUUCGAUGACGGAUAUCGCGGUCGAUAAGAGUACCGACCUCGCUAAACUUGUUGACUUGUUUUUUACCACAACGAUAUGGGAAACGAUAUGGGCAGUGCUUAAAUGAGAUUGAACUAAGCCUUCAGUUAUCUCAGUAUGCAGUCCAUACUUAACAAAUUUAGCCAAAGCAAACAAAUGGUGGAAAUUUUUAUCUCAUCCCUUCAGGGCCUGAUAUAGUUAUUGAUUUCAUAAUGUUUAUGGAAUGACAACAACAUUUCCAAAUUACCAAAAUUAAAAAAUUAUGAGUUCUUAUGUAAACGCAGCUUUAUGUAACCAUUUUUUUGUUUUUGUUUUAGGUACCGGACCAUGGGAGAUUGUUGGAAUCCAAAUCCUAGCGCAAGACCAAAUUUUGACCAGCUGAUUGUCCGUCUCGAGAGCACAAUCAUGACUUAGUUUACAUUAUAUUACAUUAACAGCGGCAACAGCAACAACAAUGAAAACAAAAGAACUAUAAGUAAACAUGGAAUUUUGUUACCGUUUCCCCACACGUAUCAAAUGGUAUCAAAAUUGUAACAGAGACAAAAUUGCCGCUUUAAGAAAACAACGCUUACUUAAAGGGACUCUCCUAUUUUACUAUGAUGUUCUUUUACUAUAAUGUUAAACUGGAUGAUAUUUAACCACUUUUGUUUUUUUGUAUUAAUACUAUAAUCGCAUAGAAAAGGUGAAGCAACCGAAAAAAGCAAUCAGUUUGUUAGAGCAUCGCACAAAUGCUCAUUGUACUUGGGAUAUUUGUUAUAAGGGAGGAGGGGGAGGGGGGAACCAUUCUUGCCUCAUUAUGAAACCGAGUUAGCCGAGCAGUGUUACAGUAGAACCCGCUAACGGGAAACAAAAACUUGUUCGAGUUAACGGAAGUUCGAGUCAGUGGGGUUCUGCCGUCUUCUACUCUUGCAUAAGCUUUUAUAUGGUUCUUGUAAAUAUGCUGUUUUAUUGUUAUAUUAGCAGAAUGUUCAUGAGAGCAGGUCUGUAAGGUGUGAAUUACACUGAUAAUAUUCAGAAGCUCAUAAGGUGACACCUAAUAAAUUCUGGUACUUUUAAAAACUAUAUGCUUGUUGUAGACUUGGAGUGACGUUCGUUUUGCAAAGAAGAAUGAAAAAGAGACGUUUAGCAAUCGGAAAACAGACAAUGAAAAAGGGACAAAUAUUAGCACACGCUAGUUGAUUUUUAGAUGUUUUUGAAUUGGAUCAGCUCACGCCGAAGAAAGGUCGGCAAACAACAGAAAAACGUUUGCGACUUUUAUUACACUCUCACAUGGUUCUGAAU